AUGGCCGGGACGUCGCGGCGAUUGGUUGUGACCAAGCAGCCUCCAUCCGAGUUUUAUAAGGACGAAGGCGGACGCUCGAAUUACCUCACGACCGAGAUUUCACUGCUCGAGUUCAACAACAAGAAGGAGCUCGUGCGGUCGUCGUCGCGGUCGUUCACCCCGAUCCCUCUCCGCGUCAGCCUCUAUUACGAGUCGGGCAAACCUGUGGACGAGAGCGACCAAGACAUUUUCCGCUUUGUCGGCGACGAGUACGACGCGAUCGUGAUUCGCGACGACACGCGCAGUGCCACCAUUCACUUUCGGCUGGAAAAGGUGAGCCGGCGCAAGGACGGGCAGCGCUUCAAGCUCAAGAUUGAGCCCUACGUGGAGCAGUGCACUGUCCACUUGGACGACUUGGCGCCGGUGUUUACAACAGCGAUUUGUGUUCUCUCGAAGCGCAAAUACCCAAGUCAAGAUGCGUCGCACCGUGGCAAGAUGCUCAAGACGCUGCCCGAUGUUGUCGCGGACUCAGGCGGCGUUCGUGCGCAGCUGCAACACCUGCAACGCCAAAACGACCGCAUGUUGACACUUUUGGAAGCGCAGCACGAGAUGCUGCUGACUUUGACACGUCCACUGCCAAAGACGCUGGACCUCGACGCUCUCCUCAAAGCCGAAAACGCGGCCUUUCGAGACGCGAUCGACCCGACCGAGUCGGACCCCACGCUGCAUAACUUGACGCUGUCGUUUUAG